UAACCGCGGAGCCGCUGCUUCUCCGCGGCGUCGAUGAGAGUCGGUUCUUCCAGAGCUUUGGGUCAGGAAAAAGCCAGGACUCCCACGGACGACUGCCGUCUUCCCUCUCCGUCCCGCGCAGCUCCUUGGUUUUCUCCUCCCUGCCUCCGCCGUUGAUCCUUGAAGCUGGGCCUCCGCCCGACCGCCAUGGCUCCCCGGAAGCGUAACAGUCGGGCGACCAAGACCAACUCGUUGCGGAGCCGAAAACUCGCCUCCUUCCUCAAGGACUUCGAUCGUGAAGUGCAAGUACGAAUGAAGCAGAUCGAGGCCGACCGGCAGAACCUCCUCAAGGAGGUGGACAACCUCUACAACAUCGAGAUCCUGCGGCUCCCCCGGGCGCUGCGCGACAUGAACUGGCUCGAGUACUUCGCCCUUGGAGGAAACAAGCAGGCCCUGGAAGAGGCAGCAACAGCUGAUGUGGAUAUCACAGAAAUAAACAAACUAACAGCAGAAGCUAUUCAGACACCUCUGAAAUCUUCUAGAAAACAGAAAGUAGUACAAGUGGAUGAAAUGAUAGCGGAGGAAGAAGAUGAAAAUAAACAUAAAAAUCUUCAAACUACCAGGGUCAAGAAGUGUCCACCAUCCAAGAAGAGAACCCAGUCCAUUCAAGGAAUAGGCAGAAGCAAAAGGUCAAGCUAUAACAACACUGUAACCCCAGCUGUGGGCAGACUAGAGUUAUCUAUGGUGAAACCAACCCCACUCCUGACACCCAGGUUUGACUCUAGGGUCUUCAAGACCCCGGGCCUCCGCACUCCAGCAGCCAGAGAACAGAUUUACCACAUCUCGGCCAAUGGCAGCCCUCUUGCUGACAGCAAAGAAAUCUCCCUCACUGUGCCAGUGGCUGGUGGUGCGAGUAUGCGGUUAUUGGCCAGUGACUUGCAAAAGAUGGAUAUUACAGAGCUGGAUCCAGAGGCCAUAGGAAACAUUAAGAAGCUCUCAAACCGACUCUACCAAAUCUGCAACAACCUGGGGACCCACCGAUGAGAAGACAGCAGAGCCGGAGGGUGCAAAGUGACACCCAGCAGCAGAACGUCCUCCUCCUACUGAGAAAGUUCGAAAUGAGUCUUGGGCUCUUUCACCUGCUUUGCCCAGUAGUUCUGUCAAGUUGCUCUGGAAGUGCUUCAUUUUUAUCCCUCCUCGGCAAUGAGCAAAAAUUGCCCUGGAGGGCAGCUUCCCUGCCUGCACCUCUGUCUGUAGUCUAGGGUCUUACGGGACUGAGUUGUCUGGUGUGGUGGCCCCUCCCAGGCCUGUGGACUGCAGAGCACCUCUCCUGUGGGGAGCACUUCUCCUUGGGAAACACUGGGCCUGGUGAUCUCAGUUCUGUAUUUUUAAUUCAGUCCUGUACAAUUUGAGUUGUUUUCAAGUUCUAUCUUUAUGAGACUUUUAUACAUAGUUUUUCUGAGUAAUGUUGUAUACUGAAAGAUACCUAGU